GGCGGGGCUAGGACGCAAUCCGCGUUCCUAAAAACCCUAGCUCCAUAUCAACGCAGCAGCGGGGAUAACUAGAAAAGAAAACCCUCGCAUCGUCAUCUUCGUUCCUUUGUUCUUGCUACGGCCAGCCAUUCCAUCCAAUAGGGGAAGAAAGAGAGAUGGCCGCUGCCGUGGAAUCGGUCCAGUGCUUCGGGCGCAAGAAAACGGCUGUGGCGGUGACCCACUGCAAGCGCGGGAGGGGCUUGAUCAAGAUUAACGGCUGCCCGAUCGAGCUAGUGGAGCCCGAGAUCCUCCGCUACAAGGCCUACGAGCCCAUCCUCCUCCUCGGAAGGCAGCGGUUCGCGGGCGUCGACAUGAGGAUCCGUGUUAGGGGCGGUGGCCACACCUCGCAGAUCUACGCAAUCCGUCAGAGCAUAGCCAAGGCUCUCGUUGCCUACUACCAGAAGUACGUCGACGAGCUGUCCAAGAAGGAGAUCAAGGACAUCCUUGUCAGGUACGACCGCACUCUACUUGUCGCUGACCCACGCCGCUGCGAACCUAAGAAAUUCGGAGGACGUGGCGCCCGUGCUCGGUUCCAGAAAUCCUACCGUUAGAUUGCAGAGAGAGGAAAAGAUAAAGUAUACACAGAAGAAGAGUACAAUGAGAAAGGUGGAGGAGGUUUUCUACACUCUCUCUUUUUCUCUUUUUGCCUGCUGGAUUAGACAUUAAAAUUGUUCUUUUCAUGGCAUAGGAUUCGUUUAGUUUUGGUUGGGAUUUUAGCAUUUGUUUUAAAUCAAGAGAUUUUAGUGGUAGUUGCCUCGUAUCUAGGUGAUAACGAUAGGGGUGUGCUCCAUUCAUGUUAUUUCUCCCUAUUUCUUUUCCUAUAUCUUGGGGCGAGCCCAGAAACAAGUUGAUUUUCUGCUCGUACUGCAUUAUGAUAUUACAUUUCUUCUUUCU